UCACCUCUAAGUGAUGAUUUUGAAAGGACAAGAAACAGCGAUAGUGCUAAAUCCAAAGAUGCCAAAGAAAGAAGAGAUACACAGAAACUGUAUCAUUUUUAUCAUGUGUUUGGAAGGUCUUUGGUAGGAAGUAACAGAUCAAUAAGGAUUACAAAAGUGGGCUCGCUGCCAUCUCCAGCAAAUUCUUCUGGGCAGAAGAAAAGACAGCAUCAGAAGAAAAAUGCAGAAAAACUUAUUGAAGAAAAUCAAAAGAGACAACUAGCUAAACUAGAGAAAAAGGAGGAAGAGAGAUGGAAUAAUUUGUCUCUCUAUUGA